AUGAUAUUACCGGAGAAGCCGCCAGAUGGCGACGUUAACAAGGGCCACAUCAUUAUCAUCUUAACCUGGACGGGAUUCAGCGUAUCUCUUCUUCUUGUCCUCGCCAGAAUAUGGACACGCGUCAAAGUCGUGAGAGCAUUUGGGUGGGACGAUGGUUUCAUCAUACUUGCCCUGGCAUGUGCUGUGGUCAACGCUGCCAUGGUCACCACCAGCAUAGCACACGGCACCGGACGGCACCAAUUCUACCUCACACCAGAGGAAGCAUUGCAGGCAGAUAAAUACAACUGGAUCUCUCAAGGGUUCCAUGUUGCGUCCACUAACUGGGCUAAGGUGUCCAUUAUGUUAUUCCUUUUGCGCAUUAUUGGCCAUGCAACCCGACAGGCUCCUUAUUUCUACGGCGGCAUGGUAUUCUUGUCCGUCGUCAACUUUGUUUGUAUAUUCACCAUCUAUGGACAAUGCAUGCCCGUGCAAUCGUUAUGGGAUCACAGCAUCAAAGGCAAAUGCUGGAAUCCUCGAAUCCAAAGAGAUUUUGCGUUUUUUACCGGAGCUGUUUCUGCGGCGUCUGACCUUGCACUCGCCAUCUACCCUGUGCGGCUAAUAUCCAAACUGCAGAUGCCGUUACGUGUGAAGUUAGCCCUGGCAGCCAUCUUUGCACUUGGGUUUGUAGCGGUGGGCGCUUCUAUCGUCAAAACUGUUUUCCUCUCGCGGCUAUCUGCCCGUGCAGACUACUCGUGGAACACAAUUGACCUGCUUUUCUGGCUAUGCAUUGAACAAUACCUGAUCAUGAUUGCUGCCUGUAUCCCUAUGCUUGGUCCCCUUGUCAAACUCAUCCUCAGAGAAGCCACUUCUCGAGCGACGGGGUCAUCAGGGUCAACCUCGUGGCCCCGUAGUAUGCUGCGAAAGCCGGCAACAAGGAGGAAGCCUCGGCCAUAUUGGGCUACGGACACAAGUCUGUAUGGCACAAAGGAUGAAGGGGCAACUAUAUAUGGCGUGAACCCGGGGAUGAAGACUCGCUGCUACCCUCUCAACUCCUACCACAGCGGAGUUGAGCCGAAGACAACUACCGAGAGUCAGGAGGCUAUUGUCCAGGGAACGGACAGUCGGGGGGACGCUAUCGUCAAAGUGAGCGAGGUGCACGUCAAAAUCGAAAGCUUAGACACGGGCAGAGGGACUUCGCACUCGGAGACUUCGGCAGGCUGUCCUGGCACCUCGUCAAAAUCAGAAAACCCCAAAAAGUCCGAAGAGGUAGAGGAGGUUCCGGUUUGA